CUUAAGGUGUUCGAUAAAUUGCCUCUAUGGAUUACCCUUCUUUCUUUUUCUAUUCCCCCCCUUAUUUACUUAUUUUAUAGUUCAGUAAUUGGUGAACUUGGGAGCCUGUAAUUUUUUUUAUAAAGAAAUGAGUUUCUGGUUUUUGUGUGGAAAAGGUAAAGUCUUUGGCUUUUCAUGUGGGUUGAGGAAGGGAUUUAAUUACCAGCAGAGUUUCAGUUUAGUUAAUGUUAAGUUCAAAUGGGUUAAAGAUAAAGCCUUGGAUGCUGUUAUUGCUGGUGAAAGAGACUUGAGAGCUGCCUGCAAUCUUGUCUCCGUCCUUUCCACUGCUCCAAAUGGUUGUCUUCCCAUUUACCAUCUUUCCCGACAACGUGGUCAAUUGGGCUUGCCCCAUGAUCUUAAGCUAUCCACAUUUAUCAGGAGAUAUCCCACAAUUUUUCAUGAAUCUUAUGUGUUUGACAGUGCUGGCACUCGUGUUCCUUGCUUCGAAUUGACCCUUGAAGCCUUAAAUCUUCACUAUGAAGAACUUGGUAUCAUCCGAGACAGUGCGAUGGAUUUGAUUAACAGGCUUCGCAAACUGCUGAUGCUUACCAAGGAUAGGACCCUUCCUUUACAGACUAUUGACCAACUGAAAUGGGAUUUAGGAUUGCCUUAUGAUUACUGCGAUAGCUUGAUCCCGAAUUAUGCUGAUCUGUUUUCUUUGUUUCACCUUCCUGAUGGUCGCAUUGGUUUGAAGCUUUUAUCAUGGGAUUAUACCCUUGCUAUCUCUCAAUUAGAGAAGAAUGUUGCCCUGCAAACAGAAGAUGAUUUGAAAAAUAGCUGUUUAGCCUUUCCCAUACGGUUCACUAGGGGUUUUGGACUGAAGAGAAAGUGCAUGGAAUGGUUAAGAGAAUGGCAGACACUACCAUAUACUUCACCUUAUGCUGAUGCCUCUCACUUGGAUCCGCGUACCGAUGUGUCGGAGAAGAGAAUUGUGGGUGUGUUUCAUGAGCUUCUUCACCUUACCAUACAAAAGAAAACACUGCGUCAGAAUGUGAGUAAUCUACGGAAACCAUUGUCACUACCUCAGAAGUUCACUAAGGUGUUUGAGCGCCAUCCUGGCAUCUUUUAUAUUUCCAAGAUGUCAGAUACUCAAACUGUUGUUCUUAGGGAAGCUUAUGACUGUCAACGACUUAUUCAGAGACACCCCCUUGUUGAUGUUAGGGAAAGAUUUGCAAGCAUGGUGCGAAAAGGAUUUUUGGAUCGAAGCAGGGGCUUAUACAAGAAAACUGCUGAUGUAUGUCGCACAGACCCAUCAAAGAUUGUUUGCGGUCAUAUCGGCGGUGGAGAUGGUUUUGAUUCUGAAGUGGAGUCAGAUUAUAAUUUAUUUUCCGAAUACGAUUCUGAUGACUCAAUUCAUCACCCUUCCUAAAUUAACCGGAACAUCGGUCGGAGAUGAGACAACCAGGGAGGAGAACAAGGUUGUUAUUUUUAAGUUAGAGUCCAGCCUCUCUUCUUAAAAGGACAUU